AGCAGAGAACUUUUUCCUGCAGCUGACUUCCAUUUGCACAAUUUUUUCUUUGUGCGAUUUAAGACUGGGGAAUGGCAGGACCUAUAACACAUCAGUUCCGACAAGCAUCAAGGACUUUAGUGCAGAACGGCUGUAUACCAGGGCAAUUUAUAGUGGGGACACCCUGUAUCCAGUUAACCAGUUACCUGCCAGAGCCUGAAGAAGCUAGAAUGGAUGAAGUGCAGGAGCUUGCGGAAUCACCAGCAGCAGUGAUUGAGUCAUCUGUCGACCAGUCACCAGUAGUCGAAUCGCCAGCGUCGGUGGACCAACCACCUAUAGUCGAAUUGCCAACAUCAGAGUUACCGACAGAUGAAUUGUCAGAGUCCGUGGCCACAUUAGCCAUGGUUGAAUUGUCAGAGUCAGAUAACAAAUCAUCCAUGACUGACUUACCAACAACUGAGGUCAAAACACCUGUGUAUGAAUUGUCACCAUCUGUGGUCAAGCCACCUGAGGCUGAACCUGCAAAGACAGUAGUUGAAGCACCUGAGGCUGAAUCAGCAGAAGUGGUCAAAUCACCUGAGGCAGAAACGCCUGUGGUGUAUGAAGAUCCCUUUGAAGUUUCCGUUAGGUACAUGGAGAAACAUAACAUUCUGCAGAUAUUUCAGGAGAUCACUGAAAACUUGGUGUAUGAGAAACCAGAUGACCCCUUGCAGUUCAUGUUGCUGCAGGUGCAGUCCAUGAUGAACCAGCACCUGGAAAAGGAGGAAGAGGAAAAGGAAGAGGAGGAGCUGGGUAGUGACAGCUUCUACAAAGAAGAGGACUUUCCUGGUGUCCACCAAUGACCUUGCAGCCUAGUUAUUGGCACAGGGCCUCUGGCUAGCACUGGGCUCUUAUGCUUGGUGGAAAUGGUUUUGAACAGAUCUGACGGUAACUGUUUCAUGGCUUCUCUUGUUCUGGAUGCUGUGCUUCCUCCUGCUUGUAAAGUAGGCAACUGCGUGUCAUUAUCAAUACACAGACCUAAGAAACCUGUAUAAAUACACACACACAAUGUGUGUGUGUGUUAUGCAUGCAAACGCAAGUGUUCAGAUUCCACAGUUUGUACACAUAGAGGCUACAUUUCGGCACACACAGACCCUACAGCUCUGAUUGCACAUGUGCACAGACCAUAGCACAAACCCACAGUAAUCAGACUUGAUGGACAUAUACCUAACCAACCCUUGAACACUUACCCAUGUCUCUACUUUCUGUGAUCUUUUGUGGUGACUGGUCUAUCCCAACCUGUCAUAUAACAAUCCACUAUAAAACAGUGUGGAACUCUAGUGUCCACAGUAAGGGUGGGGUGGGGAAGGAGCUGUCUCUGUACUGUACCCUUCCAGAAGCCCUUGUGCCCCACACUAGAAGGGGUUAUCAUUAUGCUUCUCUCCAGAGUCCCCCAGCCCCAUAAUCAAAUGGACAGUUUCCCCCUCUGCUAUCGGUGCUGAGUUCAGAUUACUCUGUCCUUUUGUACUCUGCUCCCUGUCAUGGCAUGUACAAUUCCUCCACACACACAUCUAGGAGGUGAAAGUCUCAGGGGACAGCCAAGUAUAAUGAGCUUUCAUGGGCAAAAUCCACUUCCUCAGAGGAGAGUCAUCUUAUUCUCUCGUCUGAGGAAGUGGGUUUUGCCUGCAAAAGCUCAUGGAAACUAGGAGGUAAAGUUAAGGUUGCAGGCACAUAUAAGUGGCUACAGAGCAAAUCAUCUCUUGAAAAUGCUAGUUGAAUAAAAACCAAAAUAAGUGUUAGAAACCCAGAAAAUUCAGAGUUAAAGGGUACUUCUCAAACAAGUAACUCAAAUUACUGUUAUCUAGCUAUCAAUCAAGUUACUUAUAUAUUCCUCAUCACCAUAGUAUCUGAGUACCUAUCUCCGCCCCCUUAGAAAUGUCUGCCUACACUGCAUGACAAAAAAGAUGGUAUUGAAAAUGUGCACUGUGGAACACAGGCAUUAUCAUUUAUUUCAUGCAUACCUGUCUCCUGUACUUAGUGUACUGUUUUGGCACCACACUGACUUUUGUUCUUUUUAGGUAAGUGCUUUAAUUUAAUUUAACCUAAGUCUUUGAGAUUUGUAUAUAGUCACAUGCUAGCUCUGUAGCUAAUGACACUUGAAUAGAUAGAUAAGGCCGGUGCUUUCCACUCAAGCAUCUUUAUGCAUUAAUAAAUAUUAGUUAAUUACUAUAUUCUGUUUUAGAGGCAGGUGAGUACCAUCUCUUUUACAAGUAGAGCAUGAUCCUGCAAGGCAUGGAAGGUCAGAUUUGUAUAGGUCUUUGGGUAUCUGAAGAUGCUUACAAGCACCCAGUGGUUUUUAAAAAUGCCUUGAGCAGGUUAGGUACUUAACUCCUAUUGAAUCACCCAGGCGCUUUUGAAAUUCCCAUUCGGUGUAUAGCUGGCCCUGCGUGCCCUCAGCACCUAAAAGAAUCGGACCCUUAAUGAAAUGAGGAAAGUGAUUGUUUUCAGCCUAGUAUUUGUCUAAUCAAGACUCUGGAAAACCCUUUGAUGUGCACUAUAUAUGGCUGUUAGCAAAGCUAGAAAGUAGCAGAAUUACUGUAUGAUUAAACAGAGGUUUUCUAGCUUUUUAUGACCAUCUAUCCAAGGACAUUUUAUUUGAGUUGGAUAAGUUAGUGUGUGUUUCGGGGGUGGGGGGGUUCAGGACAUUGCUGUGAAACAGAGUUGCCCUGCUUAAAAAUGCAACUUUAGCUCUGAAUGUACUGGGUUUCUAACGUUUAAGCACUGUUGUUUGUAUUUUUAAUUUCUUACAUUCCUGAAGGGUCAUAUGCAUUCAAACCACUGAUGUAUCUUCAGCCUUAAUUCCACAUUACUGCAGUUUUUUUCUGGGGGGAAUUACCUCAGUUCCUUGUAAGUGGUCCUCAGGUAGGCUGGAGACAAGUCCCAUUCUCACACAUCCUAUGACCUUUGCAAGAGGGCUGGUGCAAACUGGCCAUUCUUAGGAGGCCAUGGGUAAGGAAUACCAAUUUAGUCUGCUGAUCACAUCAUCUCCUACUGCUAACAUUUCUGUCCUUUAUUGAGAGGAGUCUUCACAGUCCUUCCAAAGGGAGCUGAACUCCUGAAAAUGUCUGUACAUUCAUAGGAACACUGCUCCUCUCCAGGAGGCACCAGAAGAUGUACAGAAAUUCAGUUCCGUUCCUUUCAACUGUGUGAUGUUUGAAGGAUUGGAGCUGGCCAGGCAGCUUAUGGCUGGCAAGAAAGUUGGAAUGGGGAUAGUAGGGCUAUGUCUAUCCUGCAACGUUUUUGCGCAAAAAAUGGCCAUUUUGUGCAAAAACCUGC